AGUUGCAUAACUCUGCUUGCUUUGGGGUCUACACUCACAGCCCUCUCAAACCCUGCUCUCUCAGCAUUUCUGAUUUCUCUAGUUGACGCAGGAGUGGAAGACAUAAGAACAGGAUCCCAGACUUCUGCUUCUGCUUUUACAGGGAAGAUGGCUGCUCAUAUCAAAGAAGAAGAAACUCAGGUUUUACCUGACUUUCUGAAUCUGAAUGAUUUGGCCUGCAAAACUAUGGGAGGAAAGGUUUUAUUUGCAACAGAUGACUUUUUUAGUCCUGCAGACAACCUUUUAAAGAAACAGAAUCCAGAAUUCAAAGUAGAUAAAUUUACUGCGUAUGGCAAAUGGAUGGAUGGAUGGGAGACAAGGAGGAAAAGGACCCCAGGACAUGAUUGGUGCAUUAUCCAGUUGGGAGUACCAGGAACUAUCCAUGGAUUUGAAGUAAACACAUCUUUCUUUGCUGGAAAUUGUGCUCCCCGUAUAUCUGUUCAGGCAGCAUGCUUGAAACAAGUUGAGAUACCAGAAUUGUGGCCAAGAGGGGACAGAAUAGGAACUGCAGCUUCUGAUGAAGAAUUUGAAGCUGUCAAGAAGAUGAAGUCAGAGGAAUGGAACUUCCUGGUUCCAAUGACAGAAUUAAAGCCGGGACCCCUUGAUACUAGCCAAAAUUAUUUUUCUGCCAAUUCUAAGCAGAGAUGGACUCAUGUACGGUUCAACAUCUAUCCAGAUGGUGGGAUUGCACGAUUCAAGGUGUUCGGUAUCAUACAGAAGGACUGGUCAGCUUCUGGCCUAAAUGACUUGGAUGACUUGGUGGCAAUGGCGAAUGGAGGUGUCUGCGUUGGAUUUAGCACUACUCAGUUAGGUCACCCAAGAAAUAUUUUAUGGCCAGGAAAAGCGACUUCAAUGAAAGAUGGCUGGGAAACAGCAAGAAGAAUGGAUAGACCACCAGUUGUAAAAGUUGAUGACAAAGGUGUUCUUUUGAUACCAGGUCAUGAAUGGGCAGUUUUCCGUCUAGCACACCCUGGUAUAAUAACCCAUAUUGAAAUAGACACCACUCACUUUAAAGGUAACUUUCCAGAUACAUGUAAAGUUGAGGCCUGUGUCUUGAACACAGAAGAAGAAAAAGAAUGUAUAAUACAGAAAUGGAAUCUUAAACAGGGUCUAAAAUGGAUCCCUUUGCUUUCUGUUGCAAAACUUAAACCUAACAAGAGGCAUUUCUUUGAUGGCACAGCCAUGCAAAUGCAGGAUACAAUUACUCAUGUAAGACUCAUUAUUUUUCCUGAUGGAGGAGUAAGUAGGAUGCGUCUCUGGGGUUUUCCACGUACUCUGUUAUCUAAAAGCAAAUGAACAAGAGCCUUGAAAGUUUUAAGGAUUAUACAAUAGAAGUUAACUUCUUGGCUAUCAUAUGCAGUGGAAUAUAUUAAUUAAAUGGGAUACAUUCACUGCAUCAAGCAUUAUUUUACCAGCAAUAAUUUAAACACAAAUUUUGAUUUUUUUAAAUGGUUUGUCAUUAUAAAACAGUUUCUGCAGUUUUAGGAAUAUAAUCAGUGAAACAUAUUUUUGCAAAUAUGUGUCAUUUAUAUAGUGCCUGUAAUUAGCCAUUGACCACAUACAAUUCUCUGAAUAGUAAUAGCACAUCUUAGGUAAGCAUCAAAAUUUAACAUUAAGUGAUUGUAACCACUCCACAAGCCCUCUAAUUGUCCUAAAAUGUACAGCUGCAGUGUCCUACUGGUGAAAUGAAAUAUCUAACAAAAUAAAUCACUUUUUUAAAAUUAUGGGUGUGACUUAAUUAAAAAAAAUCAAAAAGUUCAAUGUAUAUUCAAUUGCCUUUACUCUUUUGUUUUCUUACAUUUGAUAAAUAAUAAUUGUUCUGUAUUCAUAAACAUCUCUACAACCUAGGUUCUGAUAUGAUAAAGUACUUUGAUAUUUUGCAAGUAAA